AUGCCGCUCAAAGUGCUCAUUGUGGGCGCAGGCGUUGCUGGCCCAGCACUUGCAUCGCUUUUGCAGGGUUCGGACCCAAGUCGCAACAUCACAGUUGUGGAGCGAAACCCCUCGCUCCGGACGGCAGGACAACAGAUUGAUCUGAAGAACCAGGCGGUCCCGAUCUUGAAGAGGAUGGGUCUUUUUCAAAUACUCAAAGCGUACUGCGUCAAUGAGACUGGUCUCGAGGUCGUGAACACAAAUGACCGAGUUAUCGCUCAGUUUGGCAUUAGCCCAUCUGGUCAGAGGCGGCGUACUCUGACGAGUGAGUACGAGCUCAUGCGUGGCGAUGUGGUCAGAAUUCUAUAUGAAGGCAGUCUCAAGCAGCACGAAAAACUGAAAGAGGAGGUUGCCAAUAAGGGAGCUUUGACAUAUGAAUUUGCUAGUACAGUGGAGCGACUUAGGCAGGAUGAGGAUGGGGUGGAUGUCACUUUCUCGAAUGGAAAUCAGGAACGAUAUGAUCUUGUCGUUGCCGCGGAUGGGCAGUCGUCACGGACAAGACGCCUUGCUUUUGGGAGGGAGGAAAGCGAUGCGGCUUUCAAAUCAAUAGGUGUUUAUGCUGCAUACUACAGCAUACCGAAAGUCGAAGGUGAAGGGUCACUCGCGAAGGCGUACAUGGCUGUGGGAGGCAGGAUGAUCGUGACGAGAAACAGUGAUCGACCGAUGACCCAGGUGUUACUGUUCACGAUGAAGGAUAUCGAGAAGUUGAGAUCAGCUUAUAAUGAGUCACUGGAGAAACAGAAGGAAGCGGUUUCAGAGAACUUUAGGGAUGCUGGCUGGCAGACGAGCCGACUCUUGAGCGGCAUGACCACUUCUAAGGACUUCUACUCGCACGAGAUGGGCCAGAUCAAGAUCCAGCAGCUGUAUAAGGGCCGGGUCGUGCUCAUUGGAGACGCAGGAUACUGCCCAACCCCUUUCACAGGCAUGGGUGUCACAGGUUGCCUUAUUGGUGCGUACGUACUCGCUGGAGAACUUACGAGACAUGGGAACGACGUGGCCGGUGCACUCAAGGCGUACAACGAGGUCAUGCGCAAGCCGAUUGAGGAGAUUCAGCAAUUUUCCAUGAAAACCAUGAGUUUAUUCUUCCCUUCUUCACAGUUGGGGCUUUGGAGUCUACGUUCGGUCCUGUGGGUGGCGUCCAGGCUCGAACGGUAUGCUUACAAAGGGCGAACACAGGACGACCCCUACUGCGGGCUUCCAGACUACUCUGAGCUGAACUUGAAGUCGGAUUCUGCUCUGUGA